AUGAUUUUUGAAAAAAGGAAAACAAAAAAAGCGAAGCCAAUUUUCACACUAGGAAAUGAAAAGAUAUCUGUUGUACAGGAAUACUGUUACCUAGGCAUAAAGCUUAAUCACAAUGGUAAUUUUUCCUUGGCUAUCAAACAGCUGAGUGAAAAAGCCCUGCAUGCGCUCUAUAGCAUCAGAAGACGGCUCAAUCUACACCAACUUAACCCCAAAUCUGCUAUUAAAAUUUUCGACAGCAUAAUUUGCCCCAUUCUUCUGUACAAUGCAGAAGUUUGGGGUGUAUAUAUCAAAAACGAUUUUAUCAAUUGGGAUAAACUGCCGGUUGAAAAAGUACACUUAAAAUUCUGUAAGCUCUACUUGGGCGUUGGCAGAAAGACGAGUAAUAUCGCCUCAAGAAGCGAACUGGGAAAAUAUCCAUUAACUAUCAAUAUAUUCAAAAGAAUCUUCAAGUACGUCACUCAUCUUAAUUCACUUCCUGAAACAACCAUUUCAAAACAAGCUUUCCUCAUAUCAAAAGAUUUAUUUAUUAAAAAGAGCAAUUCUUUCUAUGGAAAAGCAAUGGAUAUAGUGAAAACCUUGAAUUGUAAUAGAGCAAUCCCUGACCUAGAUUCACUUACAACCAAUCUAGUUGAAUCAUGCGUUAAAGAUACUAAAGAAAACUACCAGAGAUUCUGGAGACAUAAACUUGAAAACUCAUCCAAACUUACCUUCUACACAAGCAUAAAGGAAGACUAUGAGCUUGAAACUUAUUUGACUACCAUAACUAAUUCAAACCAAAGAAAACAUUUAACACAGCUCCGACUAAGUAACCAUAAACUAAUGAUUGAACUCGGUAGAUACGAAAACAUUCCGCGAGAAGACCGAAUAUGCAAG